AUGUCUCCGGGCAUCAAUCGUGGGCGGAGACCAAUACCAUUCCGACUAAUCCAACGAGCCAUCAACGACCAAGAUGCGUUGCAGCAACAUACACCGGAAGCGUUUAAGCCUGCAACAGAAGUUACCAUAACCCUGAUCAGAACACCAAGUCCCAGAUCAACAGCUUUUACCGACCCAUUCUCACCGAGGCGCUCUAGGAGCUCCCUGACUGCAUCGACAACAACCACAAGCGGAGCAAAAUCUAGCAGUCCAACAAGAACAGUCUUCGUUACUAUAGUUAGCACGCUACAUCCGACGGAAGGUGAUAGAGAGACGUCACCUCCGGCAACUAAGACAAUUUUCCUUUCUGCAGUGCCGCAGACUAUGCUUGUGACGCCUUCAGCUGUGCCUAUGGGUACAGGACUAGCAGGAGCUCCACAGCCAGGCAGCGAUAUCAAAAGACCAGAAGAUGCCGGUGUAGCACUGCUGGUUUUACUCACUAUUGUGAUUCGGAAGAGGAAAAAGAAGACUGGAAGCGAAACACGGGUGUUGCUGCAAGAUUAG